AUGAGCGACACCGGCAGCCCCAACAAGAAGAAGAAGGAGGGUGACAAGGCCCCAAACCCCGAUUCUGGGCGACAGAAGAAGCUCGCGGCAGCCCGAGCUGCGCGCAAGGAAUCCAAGGAAGCGCCAAGCAGCAACUGGGCGGCGCUGAAGAAGAAACUACCCGCCGAUGCGCGCCGCGGGCCUUCCGCAAAGAAACGCCCCAAGCAGGGGAUAGGUGCACUCGCAAGCGCAGCCAUCGCGGAGACGGAGACGGCUCCGCCCACGAGCAGCGUGCCAUCGAACACUGGAGUCAAGCUCCUCCCUCCCCCCAACGACAGCCCGCUCCUCCAAGAGCUCCGGCAGAUGGUUUUGGGCCACGAGGUGCUCACGGAGGCUAAGAAAGCGCCUGGGAACUACGUCGCUCUCGAUUGUGAGAUGGUCGGCCUUGGGCAUCUUGGUGCGGAGAGUGUACUCGCUCGCGUGUCGUUGGUCAAUUACCACGGACACGUGCUCUUGGAUAGCUACGUGGCUCCGCGCGAGCGGGUCACGGAUUACCGGACGUGGGUGUCUGGUAUUCGGGAGUCGGAUUUGCGGGGUGCACCCCUCUUCGACGAGGUACAGAAGAAGGUCGCCGAGUUGGUGCAAGGGCGGGUGUUGGUUGGACACGCAAUUGAGAACGACACGAAGGCACUCCUCCUCUCUCAUCCAGCUCCUUUCGUGCGCGAUACACAGAGAUACCGGCCUCUCCGCGAGGCCGCGCGCAGCAAACGUCCCGGACUCAAGUCGCUUGUGGAGAGCCAGCUCGGUCUCAAGAUCCAGAGCGGGGCGCAUAGUUCGAUCACGGAUGCGCGGGCUACCAUGGGUCUCUACCGCCUCAAUAAGGAUGCUUGGGAGGCUAGCCUGCGCGGCGUGAUGGAGGCGUAUGUCAAGAAGACGGGGAGCGCUAUGCCGGGCCGGAAGAAGAAGAGGAAGAGGGAUGACGACGAGGAGGCUGGGGGGAACAAGUCGUUCCCGGGCGGAGGACAGAAGGGUAUCUCGUCGGGACUGAGUGUGGUGGUGAAACGGUUUGGGAAGAAGAUCGACAACCAGCCAAAGCGGCGAGGACCAGCGCCAGCUGCCAGUGCAGGAGGGAGCUGGUGGGAGGAAGCCGCAGGUUGA